AUGUCAGGCAUAGGUGCUUGGAUAUGGGGAACGUCACAGCUCGACGAUGCUGUCGACAAGGCGACCUCUGAGCUCUUGCCAGCAGGCGCAGAGGAUAUCGCUUUGAAUCUCGAAAUAUGCGAUCAAAUCCGCUCAAAGUCGGUGCCAGCAAAGGAUGCCAUGCGUGCUCUUAAACGCCGACUCAAUCACAAGAACCCAAACGUUCAGCUUCUAGCUUUGGGGUUGACGGAUAUCUGCAUCAAGAAUGGCGGUGAUCACUUCCUAGUUGAAGUCGCCUCUCGGGAAUUCGUGGAUAAUCUCGUCUCCAUACUCAAAGUUCCAGUCUUAAAUCUCGAGGUCAAAAAUGUUAUCCUACGUCUCAUUCAGAAUUGGAGUUUCGCAUUCGAGGGAAAGCAUACAUUGAGCUACAUGGGGCAGGUAUACAAAAUGUUGACCAACGAAGGAUUCAAUUUUCCUCCAAAGGACCUAGCUGUUGCCAACUCUGCCAUGGUCGAUACUCAAACCGCCCCCGAGUGGAUAGACUCAGAAGUCUGCCUACGGUGUCGGACGGCAUUCACAUUCACAAACCGAAAGCAUCACUGCCGAAACUGUGGUCAAGUCUUUGACCAGCAAUGCUCCUCGAAGUCAAUGCCUUUGCCUCAUUUCGGUAUUACCACAGAUGUUAGGGUGUGUGAUGGCUGCCACGCAAAGCUCACGAAGAAACAUGAGAAAGUAGAUAAAGGUCAUCGACACUCAACAAGUCUUCACGGAACCCGCCACCGUGGUGCGCGGGAGUUGGCCGACGCUGAACUUCAAAGGGCUAUCCAGCUCUCUCUGCAAGAGGUCAACGCAAACGGGAACGCUCGCCCUGGAUACGCCCCCUCGCAGCCCAAAUGGCAGUCCUCAGAACCCCCUAUCAUCGACAGAAGCUCCUAUCCCGACAGGAAAGCUCUCUCGGACGAAGAUGACGAUCCGGACCUCAAAGCUGCCAUAGAAGCAAGCUUACGCGAAGCUAAUGCUCCCAAACCCAGUGCACCCAUCGUUGUAGAGACACCACGUACAGAGGCUCCGUACGAGUACGCCGGCCCCGGCUAUUCGCAAUCAUACCCUCCUGGACUGCACCAGCCGGCACUGCCCAAGGUGCCAAGUUACGAUCUAGAGCCUUUAGAGGAAGACGCGAUUCUCACGUUCAACCAAACUGUAGAGCAGGUUCAGGCGCAAGGCGGGAGAGACAUUUCCAGGUAUCCAGCGGUGAACGAGUUGUACGAUAAGGCAAAUGGAUUGAGGCCUAAGAUGGCGUUGAGUCUGGAUGAUGCUGGUCGGAAAGAAGAAAUGCUUUCGGACAUGCACGACAAACUAUCGCAAGCAGUUAAGCUGUAUGACCAAAUAUUGACUCAACAGAUUUCCCAUCCUCGUUGGCGUUCUUCCGCUGCGCCUCCUUCUCAGUAUCAGCAACCAGUGUCGAGCUAUAAUACAGGUUACAAUCAGUGGACUCCUGCUCAAUUGCAACAGCCCCCCUCAGGAUAUCAACAACCGGAAACGCAACAACCACUUUCGCCACAGAUGACUGCCUAUUCCCCACCUCUGGCACAAGAACAACCACAGCAGGCUCAAUACGUCAGCUCUCCGCGAUUUGAGGUAUCACAACCUCAAUGGCGUCCGCAACAGCCCCAGCAGCAGCAGCAACAAUCACAAUCCACGUCGUGGUAUACUCCUCCUCAACAAACCCAAUCUCCUGUCGCCAGCGCUCCUCCCUCACAGCAGCCUUCAGCGCCCCCUUCCUUCCAACAUUCUCCACAACAACCACAACAGCAGCAGCCGUCACAGUACCAGCCAUACUUUGCUACUCCCCCCACCCCGAGCACAAGUCAGACUCUUCCACCUGUCACCUACAACACUCCUUCGGCUCUAUCCCAACCCCCCCAGCAGAUUAUCGAUUCCCAUCCCCAAGCCGCACCACUCCAAACCCACCCCUCACAGUCAAUAGCCAGGCAUAACACUAUUACAUACGCACAAUCCACAGCUCAACCCCAAUUAGCAAGGAGCAACACCGUCGCUGCUCAACAACCUACUAUUCAUGCACGACCGCAACAGCAGCAGCAGCAACAUGUUCCUCAACGCCAAUUACAGUACCAACAUCAGCAACAACCAUAUCAGCAAGCUAUGUCUCCCCCACCUGCCCCAGCAGCACUACCUCAGUUUCCCGUUGCUCCAACCCUAGCACCACAGGCGUUCCCCAUGUUUGGUGCAACGUUAGCAGCACCGUCAGGGAUUGAGUAUAAGGAGGAAAGAAAAGAGGCACUGUUGAUUGAUUUGUAG